AGACUUUUCACAAGAGAUUAGAAAAUGCAGCUGUUGGCAGCCAUCUUGGUUUUUCCCCUCCUUGUACCGUAUUCGUAUGCGCUUCAGUGCUAUGAAUGUAACAAAGUAUCAACCAGGGGAGCAUGCGAUGACAAGGUGACAGGAUCUCUUGUUACCUGUCCCAACGGAGUUACUGCCUGCGUUAUUGGCAAUUCAUAUACCAGUACUGCCCCGACCUUGUACAUGAGAGGGUGUACGGAUCCCACCACCCCAGCCAAACCGAUGGGAUGUACUAGUAACGUAGCGAAUGGUCUGACUUCAAAGUUCUGCUAUUGCUCUGCAGACAAGUGUAACGAGAACUUUGGAACAGCUGGAGCCAGCGCUGUACAGUUCUCUCUGCUGGCGGCCAUCUUGUCAGCUGUUCUUAUUAAUCAGCUGUAAACUAUUUAUUCAUAUUCUGGCAUGUGAAUCUUAACACAAUUUGACUUCUUAACUUCAAUUUUUAAUUCAAUUGAAAUUAAUAAAGAAUUGCUUUUCAUGAA